GAAGAACACGAUGGAGAAGGAGGAGAGAAAACUGGAGAUAACAAGCAGUCAGGCGAACUGAAAAGAACCGUCUUUGGGAGAAGGUGCAGACAGAUAGUGUGAAAAAAGAGAUCCAAUCUUCUUGUAUGAAGGUAGAGAAGAAGGAACCACCAGAAAGUGAUUUUGACACAAAACAUACUGAAUUUGUGAAAGUGCCAUUUGGAUGGCAAAGAUUGAUUGAGAAUGGAAAGAUUGUCUAUGUCAGUCCAAACCAAAGUUUACUGACAUCGUUGGACCAUGUCAAAGAAUACAUGCAAACGGAUGGCACAUGCAAAUGUGGAUUAGAAUGCCCUCUUUUGGUUGAUAUUGUGUUCAACUUUGACAUCAGUUUACUCUCUACACAAAGAACUGCUGAGGACUUGAAACAGGACAAUGCUCUUACAAACUUGUGCAAUCACAAACGAAAAAUACUUGCCAUGGCAUCACUACAAAGUAGUGUAGAAAAGCCACCAAGGAGGAGUUGCUUGUCGCAUGCCAACUUGAAAAUAGACACACAAGUACCUGUGAAAGUAACCAAAAAAGGUAUAUUGUGUUAUAAACAUCUUAUCAACAUUUUAUCAUUGUCACCACAUUCUUCUUGUUUCCAUGAAAGUUGUUGA